GUUUACGUACACGAAAGUUCUUCAUUGCGAAUAUUAUUUUGAAAAUAAUUUUCAAAUCCACGUUAAUUAAAAAUAGGAUCACUGGAUACAUUAUAAAAUGGUGUUGUGUUUGUUUUGAGACCAAAGUAAUAGUGUCAAUCGAUAGCCAUGAAUAAACACAUGUAUUCCACCGCCAAUCUCUCUGACAAAGAAUUAAAGGAACAAGGCAAUAGAUUGUUCAGUUUGCGAAGAUUCGAAGAUGCUAUGAACUGUUACACUAAGGCAAUCAUAAAGAAUCCGUCAGUCGCAACAUACUUUACAAAUAGAGCACUAUGCCAUUUGAAGAUGAAAAGGUGGGAGUCCACCUGUCAGGACUGCCGACGGGCUCUGGACAUCGACAACAACCAGGUCAAAGGGCACUUCUUCCUCGGACAGGCUCUUGUUGAACUAGAAUGCUACGACGAGGCUAUCAAACACUUGCAUAGAGCAAAUGAUUUGGCAAGGGAUCAAAAGUUGAACUUUGGUGAUGACAUAGCAGCACAGAUUAGAAUUGCCAGAAAGAAGAGAUGGAAUGUCCAAGAAGAGAAAAGAAUAUCACAAGAAAUAGAGUUACAGACUUAUUUGAAUCGGUUAAUAAAUGAAGACAUGCAGCGUAGAAUAGAAUCGGUGAAACUAGAGAGUAUCAGUGAAGAAGAGGUUAACAGUAAAGUUGCUAAGGUGGAGGAGGAAUGUAAUAAUUAUAGCAGCGAGUUGAACAAUUUGUUCUCAAAGAUCGACGAGAGGAGAAGGAAGCGCGACGUCCCCGACUACUUGUGCGGCAAGAUCAGCUUCGAGAUCCUCAGCGAGCCCGUCAUCACGCCCAGCGGCAUCACCUACGAGAGGAAAGACAUCGAGGAGCAUCUUGAGCGCGUCGGCCACUUCGACCCGGUGACUCGUGUGAAGUUGACUGCGGACCAGCUGAUACCCAACUUCACUAUGAAGGAAGUUGUCGACGCUUUUCUGCAGGAGAACGAAUGGGCACUCGACUACUAACUUGUAUUGGCAUUGCUCAGUACUGUUAUAGUCGGUUGAUAGUAAAAUCUAUAAAAUACAGCUGAAUUUUAGCCAUCUUUUUGAGAAAGUCUCAAAAGCCGACAUUUUUUUGGAUCCGGUUCGGUAGGCCCGGUCUACCGAACUAGAGGCUGUCCUUCAGCAGGACAUGGACACUAUAAUCCUGUUAUAAACCUUUAGGGUAAGGAUCUCUGAAUAUUGUAUGAUGUGAUACCUGCUUUAAAAGUGAAACCAGUAGGCCUACCACGAAACCGUUUUGAGACUCAAACAAUCGGACAAGAAUGCCGCGUCCUGCUCUAACAACAUAAUUUCUCAUUUGUUAUAGUAGGACGUGGCAUUUUCGUAGAAUUGUUUGAGUUUCAAAACGGUUUCGUGGUACGGCCCCAGGGUCGGCUUUCUACAGUCCCUUUGUUAUAAAACACUGCGAACGUAAAUAGACUGUACACUGUACAGGGUGUAACAAAACAACUUUAGGGUGUUUUUAUGAAUCCCCUGUAUACAGGCAGGUGGUUUUAUGAAUAGCAGCACUGAAAAAGUAAUUUUCUUUUAACUUUUGUAUGGACAAAUUCUCAUAUGACGUUGGAGUGCUUGCUGGUACAAAUUACAAAGAAAUACUCUUUCAGUGCUGCUACUUUCACAGUGAACUCUAUAUGAGGGACACAUACACCCUGUAGAAAAUCAAAAGUCAAUUCACGUUUGCAGUUAGAGCUAUAACUCACCGGGACGCCACCGCGACGUAGCCAGCGACGUUACCAUGGAAACGUCCAAGCAACGUCUGGCGUCUCUACCUCGCCGCAAAGCGGUGUUUUUCUAAAAGUUAAGUUUAAAAACACCGCUUUGCUGCGACGUAGAGGUGACUGGCUACGUCGCGAUGGCGUCCCGGUGAGGGCCGGGACACAUUAACACGAUACGACGCCGCAUCGUGGUACGACACGACGUCGUGUCGUGUUUAUGUGUCCCGGCCCUUAGUUAUAGCUCUUAAUCAUCAGUGUUGCCGUCAAAAUGGCUCUUAUGACUUAACUGUCAUUAAUGUUUGUCAUUUUGACACUCUAAGUGUUUUCUCUCUGCAAAAUUACGCGAGAGUAAAAUUUCUCUUUCAAAAGUCGCGUUUUCUUAACGUUGAAACGCAAUUGUUAUUAUGCAUCGUUAAACUGCACUGCAUUAUAUCAAUAUUAAAAAAAUGAGGAGUGUAACCCGGUCAAAAUAUCUAUGAACACUGCUGGUAUAUUACAAUCUUUUAUAUUUUUAUUGUUUUGACCAUCAAUUUAAUUUUUUUCAAGCAUUUCAUGCUAGUAACUUGCUUCACUCAUAAAAUUAUCUUACAUUAUAGUUUUUUAAAAUGCGACUACAUUGUUUCUAUAUAAAAGACGUUAUUAUGAUUUGUGGCUGUGAAAAAUAUGUUUCUAUUUUAUUUGAAUUAUCAUGUCGCAAAUGUUCAACGUACUUUCCUAAAAAUUAUAUCAUAACGUUUAGAAAAUAACAAUCAGAAAAUGAAGCAAAGAGAAUGUAUUAUAACAUUGGAUUAAGAAUAGAAGUUUUUGUAGUUAAGUAUGUGAGUAAAAAUAAUAUAGUGUACUCUUUGACACCUUGAAUAGUGUAAGCCCGGGACGCACUAGCGGCCAGGCCGCAGCGGCCAUCGAAAGUAUG